CAUUUUGAGAAGGCUUGACUGUAUAAAGAUUGAAUCUUUGAUCGAUAUUUGUAUGUAUGAAGAGCUUACUCUUGCAGUCACUUUUACCUUAGUUUGAUUCAAUUUUGAGAGUAAUGGGAUCGGUCUUAUGUUUAUUUUUUGUUUUUUGACCAUUUAACUUUAAUGCUGUCUGUCCACUUGUUCAAGUUACUGUUAUUGUUGAUAAUUUAAUAUCAAUUUAAAUAAAAAGCCGGUCAAAUGGUUCAAAUUAAAGAGUAUCGUGUGGUUCUUCCAAUAUCGGUUGAGGAAUAUAAAAUUGGUCAAUUGUAUUCGGUGGCUGAGGCAAGUAAAAGUGAAACCGGAGGUGGAGAAGGAGUCGAAGUGGUUAAAAAUGAACCCUUCACCAAUCAUCCUUUAUUGGAUGGUAAAUACAGUGAAGGACAGUAUACAUUCAAAAUUUAUCAUUUACAAAGCAAAGUUCCCGGUUUUGUGAAAUUUCUUGCCCCCAAAGGAUCCCUUGAAAUUCAUGAGGAAGCUUGGAAUGCAUAUCCCUAUUGUAAAACAAUUAUCACUAAUCCUAAUUAUAUGAAGGAUGGUUUCCACAUCACAAUUGAGUCUUUACAUCUUCCAGAUAAUGGUGAACAAGAAAAUGUGCAUCAACUUCCUCCCAAUAAAUUGAAAAACCGAGAAGUGCAAAUCAUCGAUAUCGCCAAUGAUCCAGUUAGUAGCAAAGAUUACAAAGAAAGUGAAGAUCCAACAAAAUUUAAGUCAACCAAAACUGGACGAGGACCGUUAGCAAAAGAUUGGAUCAAAAAAUCUGAUCCAGUAAUGUGUUGUUAUAAGCUUGUGACUGUUGAAUUUAAAUGGCGUGGUCUUCAAAAUCGAAUAGAAUCAUUUAUACAUCAGACAGAACGAAGGUUAUUUUUAACCUUCCAUCGACAGCUAUUCUGUUGGAUUGAUAGGUGGUAUGGUCUAACAAUCGAUGAUAUUCGAGCAAUAGAAGAGGAUACAAAAAGAGAGCUUAAUGAGCUUCGUCAACAAAACCAAAUCAGAGGAAGAGGAGGUGAUGAGUAAAAAAUGGAGGGAACAAAACAAAUCAUCAAGUCAACCCUUGCUGGUAUUCGUAGAUUUGCGUUUUCAAAAUGAAGUUCCUACUGAAAUUUAAGUUAAUUGAGCCUGGUAUCGAGUCUUUUUCGCAAAAGUGAAAAUAUUUUGAAUAAAAAAAGAGCAAAUACAUUAUUUAUAAAUAUUGGCUCUGGAAUGAUAUUCAUUUUGCUGGCGAUGUGUUUGUGCAAUUUUGUCUCAUUUGACUAAUCAAUCUAGUUUAAUUUAUGUCUUUUCAUCCUAUUAUCAUUAUGUGAUGAUUACCAAUUGAGUAAAUGUUGUUCCAAAAUGAUUAGUAAGUCUGUGAUUAGAAGAAACAAGUAUAAUCUCGACAAUUCAUGAUAGUUGACUUCAUUUACAUUGCAUGUAACUCUGCUUGAAACACUCGAGUUAAUAUAGACUUAUCAAAAGUGUGGGAAUAUUAAGUCAUGUACGGCAACAAUGAAAAUCUCCAACAAUAACUUAAUUAGUUUCAAUAAUCUAUCAGCUUUAACCUAUUAAACUAAUUCAGAGACCAGAUGAUUUCAUGGUUUUCAUUCCAAUUAUAUUAAUAAGUAGAAACCUUUAAACGAAAAACAAAAUACUCUUAACUCUUAAUCUUGUUAAUCAAAAAAAGUUGGUUGUUAUCAAAUAAAACGAUUUUGUCAUUU